AUGUCAGAAGGAUUUCGACAAGCAAGUGAUGGGCUUAACCUGACCAACCAAUGAUUUAUCUCCGAGACUUCAUCAAACAACCUAGCUUCGAGCAUGGCUUCAAAAUCAUCCCUGUCAUCUCUUAUUACCUUAGAAAGGUCAUGAAAGCAUAUUGGUCUUGAAAUGGAAGUAGUCAUCAACAUAGGAGUCCACAAAGUCAAUGUGUUUAAACAGAAAUAAGACCAUUGAAGAGCUUAACAAUGCGCAGCAAAGCAAUGAACAACCAAGAGAAGAGAUUGAAGCUCCUUCUAGAUUCAUGGUUGGCAAGCAUUUAGCUCCAAAACUUGUCAAUAACUUCAGCCAGACCAACUUAAAUCAUGAAGACUUUGGAAAUGACUCUAUUUCUAAAUAAAAUGUCUAAUAGAUCUUCUCUGGCAAGUAAGCAUCUUUCAAGAACAAUGUCUGCUGGGAAUUUCAUCACUGAAAGAGCUUUCAAACCAAAAGAAAAUGAUAUUGGACUUUGAAAUCGCAGGGAGGAAACUAAAGAGGAAGUUUAUGGCCUUGAAGACGAUAGACAAGCUACAAAAGAAAACAAAAAUUUAAACAUGAACCCAAGAAGAAUUACAAGAAAUAACGGCCUAAAUGAGAUUCCAAUCCAAAUUCAGAAGGGAAUGUAUGUUUUUAACUUUAACAAUGGCUCGGGGCUGAAUACCGCUGAUAGACGUACAAGGAAUACUCUUAGAGAGGGACACAACCGCUUCUCAAAUAACACCACUGGAGCUUCAACUUCUAGGCUAGGAAGAUCAAGAAAUUAUCCUACGACAUACUAUGAACAUAUCAAGCAAAGAAGUAUUUCCAGAGCUUCUAGAGAUUCUUUCAACAGCUUGAAUCGGUCCUUAAAGAAACCAGGGAUCAUCCCCGGAUACUGUAGAAACCCAUACAAAUCAGGUUUGGCUAGUAGACAAAAGAGAAGUAGCUCAGUGCAAGAAUUGUACAAACCACAUAAGCUACGAGUGACCAAUAUAAGAAAGAUCUCUAAUGGUCUUGUUUACAGAAGCAAAUUUCUCAAAAGAUAUUAAGCCAAUGGAACGUAUUAUAAAAUUUCUCCC